CCCUUCCUCCCUCCCUUCCUUCCCCUCUCUCCAUCCUCCUCCCCCUCCCCAUCCCUGGCUGCCUGGCUCACUUGCGCGCUCUUCCCUCUUUCCCCUUCUGCCCAAGAUGGCAACCGAGGGGCUGCAAGAGAAGGAGACCCUGGCCGUGCUGAAAACCGAGGCGGAGAGCCUGAAGGGCAAGCUGGAAGAGGAGCGGGCCAAGCUGCACGAUGUGGAGUGACGGGAAGGUGAUUGUUUGGGAUGGCUUCACCACCAAUAAGGAGCAUGCAGUGACGAUGCCCUGCACUUGGGUGAUGGCAUGUGCCUAUGCUCCGUCUGGAUGCGCCAUUGCAUGUGGUGCCGUUUAUAUGACCUUCGAGCAGACAGAGAGGUGGCUAUUUAUUCCAAAGAAAGCAUCAUCUUCGGAGCGUCCAGUGUGGAUUUUUCUCUUAGUGGGCGUUUAUUAUUUGCCGGCUACAACGACUACACCAUCAACGUUUGGGAUGUCCUCAAAGGAUCACGUGUCUCCAUUUUGUUCGGUCACGAGAACCGUGUGAGCACUUUGAGGGUUUCACCCGACGGGACGGCGUUUUGUUCUGGAUCAUGGGAUCACACUCUAAGGAUCUGGGCUUAAGUAGCAGGGCGGUUUCCCAACAUGUGUUCACAUAGGGAAUCAUAGGAUCGCCACCCUCCCACGGAACAUCAGUUUAAUGGGGGGAGGAAAUCUGCCGCAAAGACGACCCUAAAUGGAUGGUGAAAAGAUGGAGAGAGACACCUUGUUAGUAUUUAUCACAUAGCUGCCCAAUUCAGAGCUACUUCUUAGAUAGACUAUAUUAUAAACCUAUAUACCUUUAUCAUACGCGGGAGCGCUGGGCGAGAGGGUUUAUGUGUUGCUAUAGUCAGAACAUGUUUAUA